CUAGCUUUAGCUUUCGACUUUAUGCAAAAUGUUCAGCUGCCAAAAACAUCUGUAGGUGAUGUUUUUUAUUACCAGCAACUGACCAUUUCGGUGUUUUGUAUACAUAAUAUUAAGGAAAAGACUGCACGAAUGUAUAUAUAUCACGAAGGGCAAGCGAAGAAAACUGGCAACGAGAUUUGCUCUCUUCUUUUGGAUUACCUUAAGUAUGUUCCCAGAAAUAAUAUAAAUGAGAUCCACUUAUACAGUGACAACUGCUAUGGACAAAAUAAGAAUCACACUUUGGUUCGCAUGCUUCUUGCACUGACAGAUAGUGGCCAGUUUUCCAAAAUCGUACACUAUUUUCCUAUAAGAGGUCACUCUUUCCUUCCCUGCGAUAGAGACUUUGCUAUUGUGAAGAGAAAACUAAAAAAACAUGACAGAAUCUCCACGGUUCAUCAACUAACCGAAUUGAUUGUAAUGAGCAGCAAGUCGAAUAAAUCUACAGUUAAAGAAGUAAAAACAGAAGAUAUUAUAAACUUUAAAGAGUGGUGGCCAAAACUAUACAAAAAAAAGGUAAUAUCUGAGGAAACUUCUUCCAAUAUUACACCACGUAAGUUCAAGGUCCAUUUCAAUAUAAGUACCUAUUCACAAUUUAGUUACGACACACAAAGAAAGGGUCGCGUCGAGGCUUCGCAAUUCAUAGACGGAGCUUUCCAACACACAUUCAAACUCCAACAGUCAGGGAAGACUGCAGUAGCAUUACCUUCUCAACAGGCCUAUCCAUUGGGAAAAGUUCCUAUAAAGAUGACAAAAAUGGAACACAUAAGAAAAUGUGCAGCGUUUGUAGAAGAUCAAUAUCAAGAAUUCUAUACUUCAAUACUUAGUUGGCCAACUACUUCCAAUUAG